GUCAAGUUGUCAGUUUUUACUGACAGUGACAGUUUACAACUUUAAUAAAUUUAAUACAUAGGUACCUCGUUGUAACUUGUUGUGUAUUUAAUUUAUAAUAAAACAUUUAAUUCAACGUAUGUUAGUCUGACCUGAAAUAGGCUAACGUAUUGAAGUUAUUUUAAUAAUUUAGUUAAGAUGAGUUUAGUUGCAAAUACCGGGAAGUUAGCGGGUCGUACCCUUUUUAUAACGGGGGCUUCGCGUGGCAUAGGGAAGGCUAUCGCGCUAAAAGCAGCUAAGGAUGGCGCUAACGUUGUUGUUGCCGCUAAGACAGCGGAGCCACAUCCGAAACUUCCAGGAACUAUUUAUACUACCGCUGAAGAAAUCGAGGCUCUGGGAGGAAAAGCUUUGCCGUGUAUAGUCGAUGUGAGGGAAGAGAAACAAAUUCAAAAUGCAAUUGAUGAGGCUGUUAAGAAGUUCAAUGGCAUUGACAUCUUAAUAAACAAUGCAUCUGCUAUCUCCCUGACUGGCACCGCCCAGACUGAUAUGAAGAGAUAUGACCUCAUGCAUAAUAUUAACACAAGGGGGACAUUCUUAGCUUCGAAGCUGUGCCUGCCGCUGUUGAAGAACAGCAACCAUGCCCAUAUUCUGAACCUGUCCCCACCACUCAACAUGAACCCCUACUGGUUCUCGAUCCACGUGGCGUACACGAUGGCGAAGUACGGCAUGUCGAUGUGUGUGCUCGGCAUGAGCGAGGAGUUCAAGCCCUACAACAUCGCCGUCAACGCGCUCUGGCCCAAAACCGCGAUCGCGACGGCGGCCAUCGAGAUGCUGACGGGCGACACGAGCACGAGCCGCAAGCCCGACAUCGUGGCCGACGCCGCCUACGUCAUGCUCGCGCAAGACCCCAAGAAGUACACCGGCGUCUUUGCGAUCGACGAAGACGUUGUCAAAAACUAUGGUGUAUCCGAUUUGACACCUUACGCGUGUGACCCAAAGAACGCAGAUAAUCUGCUGUUGGACGGUUUCUUGGACGAUCCUGCGGCUAUGAACCACCACCGGCAAACGGUGACCACCGCGUCGGUGCGACGGUACCAUACCUCAACCGUCAACUAUAAAGACAAGGGUGCAUCGGGUGGGCAAAUUCCAGAAUUAUUUGCAGCCAUCGGAAAAACUAUUACACCCGAGUUAAUUAAGAAGACACAGGCUGUGUAUCAGUUCAAUGUGAAAGGUAAGGAAGAAGGAGUUUGGCACUUAGACUUGAAGAAUGGCGAAGGGUCCUGCGGACAGGGCGAACCGAAAAACCCCCCAGAUGCGACUCUCACUAUGGACAGCAAUAACUUCGCCGAAAUGUUUGCGGGCAAAUUGAAGGCGACGAAUGCCUUUAUGAUGGGAAAAUUGAAGAUAAAGGGUGACUUACAGAAAGCCAUGAAACUUGAGAAAAUGAUGAAGUCACUCAAGAGCAAGGUCUGAUAAUUUAAAUGUAUAUAAAAUAUUGUAUAUGAUACUCUGAUAGAGGUUCUAUGUAGGGCAGACAUUUUGAUACUUUCAUAAUAUGAUCGGCAUAUGUAUGUAUUAGGAGAUAUUAUGUGCAAUUUUACAUUUUGUGGUAUUGGUACAAUAUCAAAUGUAUGUUGCUUUAUUUUUAUAUGUUCAAAAAAGUUCAGUGAUAUACAAUUCUUUGUUACUGGUUAGAAAAUAGUUGUUCUAUAUUUAAAACUAAAAUAAUUGUAGUGCAAAUUCACUAUGUCAAUUAUAAACUGUUGAAUUGUUAAAUUUUUAAUAGAGCAGAGAAAAAUGUAAAUUAUUUCUAAUACCUCACUUAUCAGUAUUGAAUAACUAAAAAAAAAAUAUUGAUGAAUAUUUUUUGACAAGUAUUGUGAAUAUUGUAUUAAACUAAUAAAAGUGUAUCAGAAAUGUUUUU